GCAUUGAGGUAUUUUUAUCUGUGGUUCCGUGGACCGCUGAAGCUUGGGGAUGAUCGGGUGAGAAGGAGGAAACAGAGCCGCCAUUUUUCUGCGAGGCUCCAGCCGGUUUAAAAGCCAGCAAGGGGCGUCGAGGUGGAGAGGAAGCAGUCAGAGAGGAGAGGGGGAAGUUAUAAGGAAAGAGGGAGGGAGAGACAGGGACAGUGAGAGGGAGAAAGAAAGAGACACAGGGAGAGACAGGGACAGUAAAAGGGAGAGAGCAGGGGUUGUAUAGGGGACUGUUUUUGUAAUAAAAAAGGAAACCUCUGGUAUGUAGUAAAGUGAAGGUUUGUCGGGAGUUAGACUUGUGAAGCGCAACCAUUGAGAACUUCCAUUGAACGCGGUUGAAGCUGUACAGCUGCCCCAGAGCGUUAGCUAGGUAGCUAGCUCCCAUAGUGUUUCUCCAUCAGGGUCAUUCUUUUCUCCUUUUCUCGGUUUUUCCCUUUUUUUAUUAUUGAGUCGGAAAAAAGUGAACACACCUGAGGGACGAGAACAUCAGCGUUGGAUCAAACCCAGAGUUUGUUUUUGGUGCUUUUUCUUUUUGUACCUAACUGCUAAAAAUGUCUGGCCAAAGCAUAACGGACAGGAUAACCGCAGCGCAGCACAGUGUCACCGGCUCGGCGGUGUCCAAAACGGUGUGCAAAGCGACCACGCAUGAAGUCAUGGGGCCCAAAAAGAAACAUUUGGACUAUCUGAUUCAGUGCACAAAUGAGAUGAAUGUGAACAUCCCUCAGCUGGCGGACACGCUGUUCGAACGCACCACCAACACCAGCUGGGUGGUCGUGUUCAAAUCCCUCAUCACCACACACCACCUCAUGGUUUAUGGCAAUGAGAGAUUUAUUCAGUACCUGGCUUCCAGGAACACAUUAUUCAACCUCAGUAAUUUUUUGGACAAAAGUGGCUUACAGGGCUAUGAUAUGUCUACAUUCAUCCGGCGUUAUAGCCGUUAUCUUAAUGAAAAGGCUGUGUCCUACAGACAGGUUGCUUUUGACUUCACAAAAGUGAAGAGGGGGGCAGACGGUGUUAUGAGAACCAUGAACACAGAGAAGCUUUUGAAGACCCUCCCCAUCGUCCAGAAUCAGAUGGACUCGCUUCUGGACUUUAAUGUAAAUGCGAACGAGCUCACGAAUGGAGUUAUUAAUGCCGCCUUCAUGCUCUUGUUUAAAGAUGCCAUCCGGCUGUUUGCCGCCUACAACGAAGGGAUCAUCAACUUGCUUGAGAAGUACUUUGAUAUGAAGAAACCCCAGUGUAAAGAAGGACUUGACAUCUAUAAGAAAUUCCUCACUCGCAUGACGAGAAUCUCAGAGUUCCUAAAGGUUGCUGAGCAAGUGGGCAUCGACCGAGGCGAUAUACCAGACUUGUCUCAGUUUACGGUCUGUGCCCCUAGUAGUCUCCUGGAUGCACUGGAGCAGCACUUGGCAUCACUAGAGGGAAAAAAGGUGAAGGACUCGACGGCAGCCAGCAGGGCCAGCACUCUGUCCAACGCUGUGUCCUCUUUGGCAAACACGGGCAUAUCUUUCACCAAAGUGGAUGAGCGGGAAAAACAGGCAGCACUAGAGGAGGAACAAACUCGUUUAAAAACACUUAAGCGAAUUUUAUUUCCCCUGCAGGAGCAGCGCCUGAAAGAACUCUCCAAAAAGCCUUCCACAUCCUCAACCACAGCUGCCUCUCCAGUAUCCACAGCAUCUGGAAGCAUCAUCACUGCACCAGCAAUUGACCUGUUCUCCACUCCCAGCUCCAACAGUUCUUCAAAGGUGCCAAAUGAUCUGCUGGAUCUCCAGCCAGCAUUCCAGCCAUCUCUAGCUCUCCCCACUGCUCUUCCUGUAGCUAACACAUGGGGAGAUCCUUUCACUUCUUCAGAGAGUGUCGACGACUCCAUUCCAAACUUAAAUCCUUUCCUUUCCAAACCUGUCGAUGCUGUUCCUCCAUCUCCUCUGUCUUCAGAUGCUGUUAGUUUUCCUUCUAGGACUCCCAGUCAUGAAAUGUUUAGUGACUCAUUCUGUUCUUCAGCCCCCUACUCUAACACCCCACUGUUCCACUCGGAGCCUUCCGCUGUAGCUGGACUAUUUGGAGAAUUUUCAGCAUCUCCCAUCCCUCAACCAGGCAGCUCUUCUGGCCUUAACGUUGACUUUGACUCUGUGUUCGGCAAUAAAUCCACUGCUAACAGCACAGACGCUGCUGAUGAUGUUUUAGGUGGUAUCCUGAAACCCACAGUAGCUUCUCCAAGCCAGUGCAUGCCACCUAUUGGCCAGCAAUCUGGCAAGCUGGUGUCUGAUGACCUGGACUCCUCUCUGGCCAACCUUGUGGGCAAUUUGGGUAUUGGAAAUGGCACAACGAAGAAUGACAUCCACUGGAGUCAGCCUGGUGAGAAGAAGCUUACUGGUGGAACCAACUGGCAACCAAAGAUGGCUCCCACCACAACAUGGAACCCUGCCAGCAUGAAUGGCAUGCAUUUCCCACAAUACGCGCCGUCCGUCAUGGCUUUCCCUGCCACGACGCCCACAGGCAUGAUUGGAUAUGCAAUGGAAAACCUGCUGUUUUCCUCAAGAGUUUCCUCCUCAGAGCCAACACAGAUGGGUACAGUGGCCAUGAUGACACAACCUACCAUGAUGUACACGCAGCCUGUGAUUAGGCCAGCUAACCCUUUUGGCCCAAUCUCAGGCGCACAGCCCUCAGCUGCCUCUAGUCCCUCCAGUCAGAGUCCUCUCAGGCCUCCAGGACAGGACCCCUUUGCACAGCUUUCUCUCAAGGAGUUCCUUUAGAGACACUUUUAGAUGCAAUUCAUGUGAAGUUAAAGCGAGUGUUGACUCCUGAGGAUGAAUCAGUCUCCAAUCUCAAACCUUUAAUCUGUCCCCAGUUUACUGUUUAUCUCUGCGCUAAGGGCGUGGCCCCAGUACUGACCCGGACAGGAAGCUGGGUAGGUGGGUGGGUUCUGGGGUAAAGGGUUGGUGUAUUUGUAACAGUACCACAGCUGCAGGUGUUUUACCCUGGAGCAGACUGUUCCUAAAUGACUAGCAUCUGUAAAGCCACACAGGUAAUUUACUUGGUAGGAAAGUGGGAUGGGAUCAUUACACAUGUCUAACUUGAAUAAGAGACCAGAGUGGGGCUGGUGUUUUGAUUCUGUAUUUUUCUUUUCUUUUCUUUCCCAUGAUCAAGUUUUUUUUUUCCCCCAUGGUAUUAUUACAUUUGCAGUAGACAUUCCUUGUGUAUUGUUUGUAUUUAUUUAUGAUUUAUCCACUAAAGACAUGACAGGAAAAUGAUAAAUGACCUUAUUAGUCUGUUUCUUAAUGGGUGGUGUGUAAGAAUGGAUAUGCUUUCAUGUGUAUGAAUGCAGAAUUCGAUUUUGAGAGUGUGUAUAACAUGAAAAAGAAAAUCAAACCACCUGUAAAGUUAAUCACAGAGCACUAAGUAUUCGUUGAACCCCAUUUCAUUUUCUCAUGCAAUUAUUUGUAGUACACAAACUCACCCCCCCCCCUGCAUUUUGUAAAGGAAAUGGGAGGAGAGUACAUCAUUUUUCACAUGGCUAAUUCUGUGCCUAGUUUUUUUUGUUUUAUUUAAUUUGUAUUUUUUUUUCCAGGGAACAUGUAUCAGACUGGUAUCACUACAUUUGUGAUUCUGCAGAAUUGCAUAAGGGAGGAGCUGUUUUGCUUUAUGCUUGGCAUGUCAUUAUUUUACAUUGACAAUUCUACAGCUGCCUUUCCAACUUGAAUGUGUAAAGUAGCCUUCAUGCUUGGGCCAUCUUUCUUCCACUGGCACUAGGGGGUGGCCUUCACUGAAGCAGGAGCACAGGGAAAUGGGUGUAUAUGUCACAGGUUGCCAUCAUCAGGGUGGGGUUGUUAAUGUCUUUGUAAAUUAGCAGUAGGAGCGGUAGAACUUGGGGAAAGAGAUGCACUGUUGAUCGGUGCUUUGUGUAAAUAAACCCAGACCCUGUCCAAUAGAGGAGCGUGUGAAAGAUGGUCCUAAUAUGAAGUGAUUUCUUUCCAUUGAUUAAGCAUACUUGCUUCAUUGUCCCUGCAGAUUCUAUUUUUGUUUAUAACUAUAUGAAAUGUAUGUGAGCAGAACUUGGUUGAUUUUCAAAUAAAAAAGAGCAGCUUCCACAA